AUGGUGCGCCACCUUGCUAAAUGGGAUGCGCCGACGUUUCCGUGGUCGACGGUGGCGUUAAAGGUGCUCCAUGCUCUGUCUCCAUCGUCGCAGUCCUUCCGUCCAUGCCAAGAGGCAGCCGUGAACUUGGCUCAAAGCGGCUUUAGCCUGUUCCUGCAUCUACCCACUGGGGCCGGGAAAAGUGUGUGCUUCCAGCUCCCGUCGCUGCUGCAACAACGCUUGAACAAAGUCACGCUAGUUGUGAGUCCUCUUCGUUCGCUCCUCGCCGACCAGAAGCAGCAUCUCACGCGCCUCGGCCUCGCCCACCGCGCCAUCUUCCUCUCUCCCGGCAACGUGCCCGGGCCGAACUUGUCCAAUGACAUCGCUCUCGUGUACGCCACCCCCGAGCUUCUUCUGCAGAAUUCCAGCGCUGUGAGACUCCUCGCCGACCUCGCGGCCACCGAUCGGCUCGCGCGGGUCGUCUUGGACGAAGCGCAUUGCGUCCUCGAGUGGGGCAACUCAUUCCGCCCGACGUACCUCGAGUUCGCCAAACACUGCCGUCAACGGCUGCCCCACCUGCCCGUGACGUUUGUGACCGCUACCGCGUCGCCCGAGAUCGUGUCCAGCACCGCCAACCUCUUUGGGCUGCAGCUGGCCCCACUCCCAGACACACACACCGACCAUCAUCCAAUCGGCGACACGAACGCAUCCACUCUCGUCGUCCUGCAACACAUGCUGGAUCGACCGAACCUCUGUCUGCAGGUCCUUCCCAAGACCAAAUCAGUCUUGGCCAACAUGGCCUCCCUUCUUAAAGCCAGGGAACCCGCCAUCGUGUACGUCCUCUCCCAAAAGGACGCGGAAGCUGUUGCCGCCGGUCUCAUGGCAUUUGGUAUCCAAGCGCAGCCAUAUCAUGCUGGUUUGUCGGAUCCAGCUCGAAAACGCGCCCAACAGCUCUGGACCAGCGGCAAAAUCUCUGUGAUCUGCGCCACCGUGGCGUUUGGGAUGGGAAUCGACCGCGCCGACGUCCGCCACGUCAUCCACCAUUCGCUGCCCAUGUCCCUUUCGGCGUACAUGCAACAAAUUGGUCGAGCAGGCCGCGACGGACUGCCGGCCACGUGCACGUUGUUCUACGCUGGGGGGGAUCGCGGCCGCGCGGCGUUUGUGAUGAGCGGCGGCGACGGCUUUCUGGACGCGUCGGCGUCGCAUGGCAUGCGGGAUGUGGUGGAGAUGGUCACAUCGAUGGACUGCCGCCGUCGGAUCUUGCAUUCGCAUUUUGGCAACGACAUGGCCACAUUGAGCGACGAAGAAGGGUGCUGUCGCAACUGCAACUGCGGCGAAUCCGUGGUAGAUGAAGACGAGGAAGCCACGAGAAGUGAGCGGCGCGCCGCCAUGACGGCCAAACGUCCAUCUAAGAACCUGGACGUCGAGUGGUUGUACCAGAGGUUGCUGCAAGACGGGCGGCGGCGGCGGGGUGGAGGGGGUGGCAAGGCCAAUGUAUUGUCUAGGAAAACGAUCGAGCGGAUCCUGGCGUCCCCGCCACCGUCGUCGGUGGAAGAGCUCGCGGCGAUGCGCGGAGUGGGGCCAGACCGCGCGGAAGCAUCGUUCUCCAUGCUGGUUGACCACAUGCAAGCGAAAGGAAGACGAGAAUGA